AUGUAUUUGGGUGUGAUUUUUUUGUGUUUGUGCAUUAUUGGGAGUGCAAGACCUUCGCCCAAUUCACUAAAAGAUCCAUUUAUAUGUGGAACGCCGUCAUGCGCACCAUCAGAAAAGUUCAAAUAUCUAUUGGAUGUGAUCUACUACUAUGAGUACAAAGUGAAUGUAGAAACUUACUUCGCUGGCUCCAGCAAUAACAGAUCGACAUUGGACAUUAGAGCUGUGCCAAAAAUCCAGUUUAUAAGUCCAUGUGAAGGGCUGUUGCAGCUGACUGAGGUCACUCUCAUAGAUCAAGAUGAAAGCUAUCCAGUUGAACGAGCCGAGAAGUUUAUACAUGCCCUCUCCUUACAUGAACUUAGGUUUGCAUUCCACGAUGGGGCGAUAUCGGAAAUAUGCCCGACAGAGCAAGAAGAAGACUGGGUGCUCAAUUUCAAGAGAGCCGUACUGGCGCUCUUUCAAAAUACUAUGAAGCGAUUUGACAUACACUUCAAAGGCGUUGAGAAUGACAUCCACGGCACCUGCAAUGUGGAAUACGCAGUACGCGGUCAAGAGAAUACCAGUUUAGUUAUUGUGAAGAAGCGCGACCUUUCACAGUGUACCAACAGAUACAAGUACAUGUCCAUACUGCAAACUGUCCGAUACGAUUUUCAAAGUAAAUUUCAAACAUGGCCUGUACUUAAAUCUGAAAGCAAAUGUCGCAUCACGAUCGACCAUCACAUCUACAAGGAGGUGAUUUGCCGAGAGCGCCAUCUGUUCGAGCCGUUUUCCGGCAAGAACUCCGGCGCAAUGACCACCGUCGUACAAGAGCUCGUGUUGCUCAGAGAGCUCAAUAAGACUGACAUCGAAGUGGUUGAGGCGCAGCCUACAGCUUGGUCAGUAAUACACCGCAGAUCAAACUUGCUGCAUCAUCAUGUUCCAUAUGUGGGUGACAACACGGGCGGACUCAAGCCUGCCAGGGAUGUGCUUAAAUUGUUAUGCAUGGUCAAGGACACAACUACGGAUAAUCAAGCAUCAAACGUAGACGCAAAGAUGGACAGUAGUUCCACCGUGGGGCUGUGGGGGAGACUGGUUCGAUCUGCCAGACCCCUUGACUAUCCUGCUUUAUCACAGCUGUUAUCAAGAGCACCGACUAUUUGUAGUACUGCAAGCAAACACAUCUUGGAUGCUUUACCAUACAUUGCGAGUCCUGGUUCGGUGGAACUGAUCAAGGACAAGAUAAUGAAGAACGCGGUGGACAAGGAGACCAAGCACGAGUGGCUCAUAUCUAUGGCCAUGAUACCCAGGCCCAAAAAGCAGAUGUUGGAGAGUAUGUUGGAACUACUCCGUCAACAGAGGAACGACAAGACGAUCAGUUUUACAGUAUCUUCCAUGGUACACUCGUAUUGCAAACACAGUGGGAAGGACUUACGUGAAUGCUGCGAAGAAGAUACACCUAUGGCUAUCAUGGAGGAGUUCCAGAACAUUGUCAAAGAAAUCGCCAGCAAGGGUGUGAUUAAGACUAGACCGGACAGAAAUAACGUGACAAUAGCGAUCAAAGCUUUGGGUAAUAUUGGUGGUUUCAAGCAAGAGUUUGCCGACGUGUUGAUGAAUAUAAUAGGUGACAGCUACAUGCCUGUGCCCAUUAGACUGGCUGCCGUCGACGCCUUUAGACGUACGCCAUGUACUGAGACACUGGAAUACUUCUUAGAAACAUUCCGGGCGGACUAUAUGAAUAUCGAAGUGAGGCUAGCGUCAUAUCUCCAAGUCAUGAAGUGUCCGGACUUGAAAACGUUAAGGACAAUAUUCCAUACGGUUAGAAAUGAAGCUGUUAAUCAAGCCACAACGUUUGUGUGGAGUCAUUUGAAAAACCUGGGCGAGUCAUCUUUACCGUCACGAGUGGAAAUCCAAGGUCUUCUCACUGGCAACCAGAUCCCACAACUGGAAGACACCCCUGACUUCAGAAUGUUCAGCAGAAACUAUGAGCAGAGUGUAUUCUUCGAUCAGUAUAACGCUGGUGGUAAUUACGAAGCAAACGUAGUAUUCUCUCCUGAUUCGUAUAUUCCAAGGUCCCUGUCUGUCAACUUGACGGUCGAUAUGUUUGGCGAGUCCAUCAAUUUGUUCGAAAUGAAAGCUCGCGCCGAAGGCUUUGAACGCUUCUUUGAGAGUUUCUUCGGCAACAACGGUCCGUUGAACAAGAACAAGUUCAAAGAGAAACUGAACAAUUUACGCGUAUUCCGUUCCGCCAACGAGGCUGAUCAGCUUAGAGAAAAGGUGGAUGAUUUGGAGUACAAGAAUGAGGCUUUGAAACAUCGGUUCCCGAUGGCAGAGUUGGGUAUCAAAGUGUUUGGCAACGAAAUCUCAUAUUGGAACGCUGAAGGUGACGAGGAGAUCUUGAAGUCGCUUGCGAGAUUGAACCCACAGUUGCGAGUGUUGGAGAUAUUAUCAGGAAAGGAAAUCUCGUACAACAAAGCCUCUCUGUUCCUGGAUACAACGUUCUCCAUACCAACCGGUUGUGGUCUCCCAAUGAACAUGAACCUAAUGGGUACCAGUUACGUCAAUACAAAGAUGUCCGGCACUGUUAACGACAAGUACACGCAAUCUGGCAAUCUGGACUUUGAAGGGAAAUUGAGACCCAGCGUGGCGGUGAACGUGGCGGCGACGAUGAGCGUGGACGCGGGCGGGCUCAGCGCCAGCGGCAUCCGCGUGAACUGGCGCCUCUACACCGCCACGGCCGUCGAGGCCAAGCUCGCCGUGCGCGGGCUCGCGCUCGUGCGCCUGCAGCUCUCGCUGCCCAUCGACAAGCAGGAGAUCUUCGCCGCCAAAUCCGAGCUCAUCAUUCUUCACGGUGAGAAGGAGAAACAACAACAAGGGCUAAACAAGAACAGAAUAGAACAGAACACGUGCAGUUGGAGCACCUUCGACAAGGCCAUUGGCAUUAAAGUGUGCGCUUCGUACCAGUUCCCGAACAUGACAAACCUCCGAAACGCACCGUACUUCCUGAUGAGCGGCCCAGCGAAGUAUAUACUAUCACUAGAGAAGGCGGAUCCGACGGCGAACACCUACGCCUUCCAGUAUAAAUGGGAUAAGAAUGAAACUGCCAAUGUUGUCAGCUUUUCCUUCGACACACCGGAUAGUAAGGAGAAACGUAUGAUCAACGCAGUCCUAUUAUUCUCAAAUACUACGAGCUCAGCUCUACUUGUCUUACAAUCAGAGAAGAGCAUUCUAGAAGCGAAAGCUAUGUACCACAACACGCCGUACGACAAGUCUCUGUCUGCGAGCUUGAACGUGGACGGACGGAGGCAGUUUGACACAGUGAUGUCGCUGGUGAGGCACGACAUCAAGUACGGGUACGUGUGGGUGCCGCUCGUCGACUGGGUCGUCGACAAUGAGACGGUGGUGGCAUUGUGGGGUACAAUAAAAGUAAAAACGAAAAGCAGCGUCACUCAAGGUGACGUAGAAAUCGAAUUCCAAACAAAGCAACUCGCAAGUCACCUUACCGGGUACUACACAAUUAACGGUCCAACCCACGGUACCAAACUGCAGUUCGACUACCAGUUCUACAAGAGCCCUAAACAAUCUAUCAAGAUCGAAGGUAUAUACAGCGAGAAGUCGGGCGGGUACAGGCACGACCUAUACGGAGAUUUGUCCAUGGAAUUCACGGCGUAUCCUGGGUAUAACUUCUACGCGGUACUCAGGAAUAUUAAAACUCAAAGCCACGUGGACAUAGGGUUCAAUGUAUCUGCAUCGAGAGCAAACAAGCUGGAUCCAGCGUUUAUCUUCAGCUUCAUGCGGGCCGACCGGCUGAGCGGCUUGAAGUUAGACACGAGACUGACGCUAAACAGGCCACGUCUUAUAGAUAUGAGGUUCCAUUUUGAAGGAAUCGGGCCGAAGUACACAGCUCUGGCGUUAUUGAAUUUCAAUCCAAAGUCCCAGGAGAUCGUCGUGUCUGGCUACCUGUACUUCCCGCCGGGCACCCAACUGUACCUGGACGCGGAACUCAACAUGACAUUGCCAACACUACACCCUUGUGUUAUCAAAACUAAGGUCCAUGAGAAGCAGCCGAACGAAUUUCAGAUGAACGCUUUCGGAGUAUGGUUCACGGGCGUAGACUUCAAUAUAGAUGCGCUGUACCAAGAUCAGUCCAAAACAAAUAUGGCGUCACACAGACUGAAGGCGUUGAUCAGCAGCAGUCACUUCAAGAACAUAGCAAUGGAUGCGAGGUUUACACAAGACAAUAGACAAAUCACUUUUAUCGGACAGGGAGAAUACAACGAGGACAAGUACCGCACCCUCAUACGUUACAUAGUGCUCUCCGAACAAAACUUCACCGCUUACGUCGAGGUUGACGUAAGCGGGAAGGCCUACAGCGUCAAUCUGGACGCGGACCUCAGCAACAACACCAAUGUUAAUAUGGAUAUACAUUUUGAUCAAUUACGAGACCUCCAUUUCUCAUACCAACGCUGGGUGAAAGCUCAACAGAAGCGUCUCUCUGCUGCAUUCAAUUGGGAUAUGAACCGAGACCCCUCGCAAAAGGUCAGCAUCGACAUUCAGUUGGACAACAAAGGGCCAUUGCACCACGCUGGACAUGUCUCAUUGUACUAUCCUGGCAGGAUGGUCACAGGAGAUGGCGAGUUCUUGUUGAAAGAUUGGUUCUGUCAAUAUCACGUACGCAUGGGCUGGUCGAGCGACGCGAACAUUCUUUGGAAAGUUAAAAUGUACUCUGAAGCUCGCAACGAAACGGUCUAUGCGUUACUGUCGAGCCUAGACACGCCCUUCGAAGGUUGGAAGGAUACCGGUUUUAAUGUUAUGUGGCGUUACUACGACAAUCUCCAAGCUAUCAACGGUAGUAUGAAGUGGCAAGAGGACUACCUAGCCUUCAACCUCCUCGCUGACUACUUGUUCAAGGCCAACGAGUUCUUCGGUGAGAUCAACGCCAUCGUCAACUCCUCUAUACCCACGCUGCCCAGGGCUGCAGCCAUUGCCAAACACAGAGUUGUUUGGAAAAAGAGUGCCGACACUUUGCUGAGUUUCCAGUACAACGAAGAUGGCAUGCUUAUGAUCAACUCAUCUUGGACCCUAGACAGAGGACACACAGAGAACAACAUCACUGGCAGAGUUAAACUGAUCACGCCUUUCCAGGGUUAUAAAACAGGUUUCCUCCGCACUCACUUCAUUCUAGGACACAAGCGCGACAUCAAGGGCAUCACUUAUUUGGAUUUAGAGGAAAAGGAGCUUACAAUUCACGUUAAUGGUCACAUGCACCGCAUAACGAACUGCAUGCUGAUAGUGAAUGUGACGAGCCCCAUGGUAGAGUUCCCGCACAUGACCGCACGAUUCGGAUUCAUCGAAGCGGACAGACAUCUGGUGGCCAUGGUCGUCACUGUUAAUUCCACCACAGGUAUCGAAGUACUACUAAAUCUGAUAUCACUGCAAGACUUCGACGUAUUUGGUCAUGUGGCAUUGCCUAUCCAGUACUUGAAUAGAGCUAUGAUCAUUGCUAAACGAGCUCCAGAAGAGCUGGACUUCCGUGUUGGGUGGGGGAACAUGGACUUCGGCUUCACCGGCAUCUGGCACUGGCGGUCACCCACCAACUUUGUGUACUUAUAUAAACUAUACACACCUCUCGAAGGUUUCGAAGAGAAUGGUUUAGUACUCAAAAACGUGUACGGUAAUGGACUUGACACAGAGCUAUCGCUGAGACUGUCCACUCAUAAGUUCGGAAUAGCGAUCCUUCUAAAAGAUAACGGCAAGGGUAUUCUGGACGUGGUGAAAGAGAAGUUGCAACACAACUCUACAGACCCAGCCGAAAUGUUGAUGAUAGACAAUUUCGACACGAGGGCGAAAGUGGUACUCGAUACGUUGUAUUAUCCAACUAUCACUUUCGAUGGACGGAUCAUGAAGUUUGUAGGUAUAAAUGGAGAAGACAUAUUCGAAGCUAAUGCUACGCUGAACCUGCCAGACAAACCACCCAUCAUGUUAACCGAUGUGUUCAUAUUAGAGGAGUACACAGUAAUGCGCAACACACUGAAUCUGGUAACUCCAUUCCAAGCGGUAAAAGAGCUGAAGUCUGUUUAUACUGUUGAUAUAAUGAUCGGAGAGAAGAUCAAUGUGACCUGCUUAGUGUUGUUAUAUAAUGGCACUUAUUGGCAUGAGAUAUCGAGCAAAAUAUUCUACGAGUACGAGUGCGGCGAGGACGACACGUACCAGUCGUACGUGGCGUCGGUGGGGCUCGCCACCCCGCUGGGCGUGCUGCCCGCCCUGGACGCGCGGGUGGCCGCGCGCCUGGAGGACGCGCUCUGGAAGAUGAGCGCCGACAUCGGCAUGCCCGCCUUCACUAUCACUGCGCUCGCUAGCCUGGAGCUUGACGAUCCAUUUGUAGAAACUUCAGGUAGUUUGAACUUAACAUCCUCUUACUUAGAGGACUACUUUAUUAAGAUGCAGUUUAAGAAGGAUUUCUCUGACGUGGAGAAUGUUGUGGGUGGGGGGAUUCAGAUACAGCAAGGAGAACAAAAUAAUUAUCUGUUCGCUGACGUAGUUUGGCGUCCCGCACCAUCCCGACACAUCCGCUUCAAGUCCAGCGGAGCAUUGGCCCCAGUGUUGUCCCCUUCGGAACUCAACCUACAAUACAACGAGGAAAACUCUCAGCGAACUCUUACAGUGGACUUUAAUAGUGAAGACUAUUAUUAUUCGAUAAAUGCUGAUCAGAGUAGAACGUCACUCAGUGUUGCGCUUAGCAGCCCGCAUAAAGGGUUUAGAGCAAUGAAAAUCAUAUGUGAAAUUUAUAAAGAUGAUAUCAGGGGAUCCUUUGUCACGGAUACUACAGAGUACAACAUCAAUGGCAAAGUGUUGAACAGGAAAACACUCGAAAUAUCUCUAGUCCUAGUCCCGAAAGGCCAAGGCGACACCAUAAACAUCCGCAUCAAGUACGACGAGACACCGACCGUGUACACCAUGUCGGCGCACAUCGCCGGGACUAUGAACGCCACGUUACACGCUAAAGCCGAAGUGGAGGCUAACUUUACCGAUAUUAAUAUUAAAUUAGAUAUACCCCAUUCCAAAUACAAAGAUAUAUACUUUAAAUCACGAGUUGACAACUACGAAGGGCUUCGCAAAGUGCUGAGCGUGCAGGCAGCCACACCACUGGAGAGAUUAAAAUAUGUUAAAGGAGAUACUGACUUCUUGUUCGGUCCUAAGACUGGCUACCUGCUUUGUAAGUACGAAUUACCCGAGAUGCGUGGCCAAGGCGAUCUGAAAUGGAGCUUCUUACUUGGAGAUCUCUUUAUUAAGGCGUUAGGACACCAGUAUGUAAAGAAUACAGAGAAGAGCGUGGACCUGGACAUAUACUUCGGGAACAGCACUACACCUGAUCAAAUGCAGACUACUGACGCUGGUUUCAAAAUGGAUUUGGAUCAUGUUUGGCAAAUCGGCGCCAACGCAUCAUUCGGCUACAUAAUGAGCAAACGUAUAAACCUCAUCAUUAACGCCAUCUUGCCCAAACCGAACGUGGACGUGCACACGCUGUACAUUGCUGCAGACUUGGGUACGCCCACCGAGCCACUGAAAACAAUGGAGGCACAGUACAGGACUGACGUCACUAAGAUCGUAACAGGAAUAAAAGGCAAUAUCCUCGAGCUACCUGAAAGCAUGGAUACAAAUUCAACCAUCACGUGGACAUCGAAUUCCGGAUACAAACACAUCGAUAACAUAGUCAAGUAUCAGUGGGACGUAAACGGGUCACACCACAUCGACUACACCCUAUCCUCGCCCAUGUACGAAGACGUAGCCACGUUCAAAGUUAAAGGCUCCUAUCAGAAGGAUAUGGUACAUAAUUAUCAUAUUGUCAAAGGCUUAAUGCACCAACCAGGCAACAGCCAGAUCGGCGAGAUCGACCUCCGUUACGGCGGAGUCAAACACACAGACGGGCACUUCAACUUCACAACACCCUUCCAAAAGUUACCCUGGCUAAAGUCUAUAUUUGAUAUUGAUAACUUAGAAGAAAAUUCAGACAAUAAGAUCGAGUUAUUUUGGCCAAACAAAACCGCUGCCGUGAACACAACACACCGGUACAACAAACAAGACCAAGGCUUCAAACAAAGGGGACAAAUCUCCCUUUCCAUUCCAUUGAACUCUCAGCAUUUAGUUAACACCGAAUAUUAUUACAUUCAAGCUGACAAAUGGAGCAAUGGAAACGCUACAAUCGACUUGGAUAAAGAGAGAUUCGUAAAAGGAUCUUUUAAUCAGAUACUUAGUAAGAGUGUCAGGGAUUUAGACCUUGCUACAACGGAUAUAGAGGUGGAAAAUGUUCAUACACCAGUUGGUGUUAAGUAUAUUCAUGAAUAUGAUAAUACUGGGAACACUGAUGUAAAACAAGCCACAGUAUUCCACCUCCACAACGCAACAAAGUUCAACGUGACAGGCAAACUAGACGUGUUCACGUACGAUAUCGGCAAGGAUAUGAAGUUAACAGCCAUCCACGGCAAUAGAACAUGGACGUUCGACAACAAAUAUGAAACUUUUGAUAAAGAGCUGAAACAGGGCAGCAAAAUCAAAUGGGCCGAGGACGUGUGGUUUAAUUAUGAUAUACACGUUACUAAUAUGACUACAGCAGAAACUGAAUCUCAACAACUGAAAAUGAACGUAUGGUAUCCUCUUCGCACAUUCAACUUGGACGCUAUAUACAACCUGAAGGACACACUGUUAGAUGGGAAAGCGCAACUGUACUGGAACGUGAGGGAUGAAAAUAAAACGGCAGAAUUAAGAGGGCGAUGGGAUAACCCACCAGUGGCUGAAGGAAAUCUGCAUAAUAUUGAUCUCUCACUCACGCAUCCCUCUUUUAGGAAGGACGUGACACUAAACGGUCAGUACUUAAGCACACCGUCAGUGAUGUCGAACAUUUCAUUAGAACUUCAAUACUCUGACUACGAAAACGAAUACCUGAAGUUAAGGUCUAUACUAACCGACAACUCCAACGGCCCAGUCCGGGACUACAGGUUUGCCCUGACCUGCAAACAUCCUUCUACUCACUUAGACCUGGAAAUGAAAUCCGAUAUAAACAUACACAGUAGAUGGUACUACUUCAACAAUUUCUAUAGAUUCCAGAAGUCUCUAUUUUAUCAGAAACUGAGGCAUAGUAAGCUUUUGGUGGAUAUGGCAAACAGCGCUAUUAAUUGGGAGCGGACAAACGAGACUUAUUUCUAUAAAGUAAAUGGUACCUGGGAGCUCAUAUAUCCCGAGUACAAGCUAAAGACGUUUGUGAAACGACCGACCGGGCAGGACACCGGCGUAGCCACGCUCUCCAUGUUGGCCAAAUCACUCGUGGCUCAUUAUAAUAGUUCCGAUGAUAUAUCAUAUCACAUGGUGGGCCAAAUAGUUGAUACACGGUACGCAAAAUUCAACUCAUGGCGUGACUUUGAUGAAAUUACUACCGUCGACCUCGCCUCUUACAUCCGCCUCAAUCACUCCCGUCUCUUAACUAGCUCAAUAAAAUGGCGCCCCGAAAUAUUUAGCGAAGUGAAAUCCACAGCGGUUUAUACAUUAAAAGUUUUAUAUGGACAGAUAAAUGAUACCCUAAUAAUUAUCAAAGAAAUGCCAAUGGAAGCUCACACAGCUUUAAAAGCUAUUUGGACAGAUGCUAAACCAAGAAUCCGCGACUUUUUAGAUGAUUUGAACGACUUACAUGUUAUUAAAGAUGAUUUAGAUGAUUUCGAACGCUUUUUAAACCAAUCUUAUGGUAACAACGACUUCUAUGUGAAAGACAUAGUAGAAUUUACUUACUAUGUGCUAGACGAAAUGGCCAUACGUAAUCAUUUAGAAAGUUUGCCAGGCAUCGUGAACGAUAUGUGGGGAAUGAUGGGUAAUACAAGCCAGUCCAUCAAGCAAAGUUUGACGUACAUAGUCGAUAGCAUCAAGCAUGCUUAUACAAACUUUUUGGUGUCGGUCAAUAAGGUGUUGGAAGCCGACUUCAUGGAGCUUGUUUCGGAAAGAUUGGAAACUAUGAUAAUGCAGUACGAUAGCUUCAUAAGAGAUCUGCAUAUGAAGCUUUUGGAGUAUUGGGAGGAGACAUGGGUGAAUGCUACCAAUCGGUUGUCCAAGUAUUGGCACGAGUUACUCAAGUCCAUAGAACCAUUGUUCUUCAAAGUUCUGCAUUAUACUGAGUCGUUCGUAUUCACUGUAUGGAAAGGUGUUAUGGAUUUCUUCUACAAUAGAACUCAGGAGUUGACCGAUUCGCCUUAUUUCAAUUACGUUUCGACGUUUGGUCAUGAAAUGGAUCGGAUCUACAAAGAUCUAAUGAACAACGACUUAAUAACAAACAUAAAGAAGUACAGCAAGAAACUGUUCAACGUCGUGUGGAGCAAAAUUGAGAAAUACAUUCCGUUCAAAGACGAGUUUACAAUACUGUACGCAGAGUUCAGAAAUGCAUGGCAGGACUUCUUGAAGAUCAAACAGGUUGUCUAUGUUAGGGAAAAGUACCAAGAAGCCUACGUACGUCUAAAGUGGUGGUACGAUUAUUUCUUAAUCGGCGAGGCGCUCGAGACUGUGGCAGAUAUACUAUACGCGAAGGUCACUGAUAUGGCUAAAACAGCGCUGCAAUAUGAAGAACUCCAUCGCACCCCAAAAACGAAUUUCAUCUUCGACCCACGGACCGGUGACAUAACCCUCGAACAGAAACUGCCGAUGUCGUGGCACGCCUUCAAUAGGACACCAGAUUUCACCGAGAUAUCUGAGUACCGAGCUGUGAAGACCUUCAUGGACGACUGGCUCACUACCAACAAGAGCAUCUGGAGCUUCUACUACGAUAUCAGGCCCUACAUGGACUUUAAUAACUUGAUGCCGCCUUUCGCUGGCAUGGCAAUAAUGACUGGCCAGGGCACACUAGCGACAUUCGACAAACGGGUGUUCACUAUAUCAGAAGCAGGAACCUUCCUCCUGAGCAAGGACUACGGCCACGACAACUUCACCGUACUGAUGGAGAGCAAUGACCAAGGAAGAUAUAACUUAGUUGUAUUGACCAGGAGAAACCUGAUACAUAUCGAUUUGUAUAGAGAAGAAGUGUCGAUCGGUCGCAGAGUGCUCAGCCUGCCUGUCCUGGUUGACGGUCUCAUCAUAGACCGGCAGACCGACAUCCUCGCGGUACAAGGAUACAAUGGCCUCGACAUACAAUGUAACCUUAUGUUCCACACGUGCAAACUGCAAGUUUCAGGCUGGUAUUAUGGUAUUCUCGGCGGCUUGCUGGGCACAUACAACAACGAACAAUACGACGACUUGCAGCUCCCGAACGGUACUUACACGGAAUCGGUCCCGGUACUCGGCCACAGCUGGAAUAUAGUACCGACAGCUAACUCUACAGUCAUAGAUAACAAAGAUUUGAAGAAUGACACACAGUGCGAUAAAUUUUUCAUGAACAAAGUGUCACCUUUGCAUCCCUGCUUCUCUGUCAUCUCGGCCACGCCCUUCUUCUUGGAGUGCGUGUCGGGCGGCGCGGCGUGUGCGCUAGCGAGCGCUUACCACGAGCUGUGCGUACACCUGCACGUGCCCACGCACAUGCCCGACCACUGCCACCAGUGUACAACACCACAAGGGGACAUAAUAGAAGAAGGUUCCUUCCAUAUACUGCAAUAUGUGCCGAACUCUACCGAUGUCGUAUUCAUAGUAGAAGCACUAUACUGCAACAAAAACUUGCGUAAGACUAAAAACAUGGACAUGUUCAUCGAAGCGUUCGAUAUUAAGUUGCAGGCUAAUGGUUUAUCUGAUAACAGGUACGCGAUAGUCGGUUUCGGCGGGCGUGGCGUGUACCGACGCCCGCGCGCGCUGUACGUCAACAACAGGGUGUUCACCAACUCUAUCGAAGUGUCGCAGCACUUUGACAACUUUGUUAUUGACAAGUCUGACUUAGUCCGAAGCAACCGCACAGUCCGCACGGACAUGUUCAACGCUCUGAGCUUCGCCACACGCUUGCCGUUCAGAGCAGCGGUGCCAAAAACCUUCGUACUUAUGCCCUGCUCCAGAUGUGAUUCUGCUUUCAUGAGGUUGGACUACUCGACGAUAUUCCACAACCUGAUGGAGAACUCGGUGACGCUGCACGUGCUGAUGGACGAUGACUUCACCUUGUCUAAGAAGCGAGCCGCUAAAUACUUGUUUGGCGUGGACAGUCAACUAGCGUACACAAAUAAGGAUUACGAGCGUUUGGUUGGUGAUUCGGCGCUCAAAAAACAAAUUAAAAUACCGAAGGAUAAGUUGGGACUUUGUACUUCACUUGCUCUAGAAACAAACGGCACGAUAUUCGCGGGCGCCAAGCUGCGCAGCGACCGUCCCACGGCGCGGCGCUUCUCCACGGUGUUCGGCGCGCGCGCGGCCGCGUCGUGCCCGCGCUGUGCGCGCGCGCCGCGCUGCGAGUGCGCCGCCGCGCGCCUGGCCUGCCGCCCCUGCGCCGACGCGCAGCGCCUGGUACGUGCCACACCCUCUACCUUGUGUCCUCGCCUGUACUCACUAUACACAUGUCGUGUUCGGCGCGCGCCUGGCCUGCCGCCCCUGCGCCGACGCGCAGCGCCUGGUACGUGCCACACCCUCUACCUUGUGUCCUCGCCUGUACUCACUAUACACAUGUCGUGUUCGGCGCGCGCCUGGCCUGCCGCCCCUGCGCCGACGCGCAGCGCCUGGUACGUGCCACACCCUCUACCUUGUGUCCUCGCCUGUACUCACUAUACACAUGUCGUGUUCGGCGCGCGCCUGGCCUGCCGCCCCUGCGCCGACGCGCAGCGCCUGGUACGUGCCACACCCUCUACCUUGUGUCCUCGCCUGUACUCACUAUACACAUGUCGUGUUCGGCGCGCGCCUGGCCUGCCGCCCCUGCGCCGACGCGCAGCGCCUGGUACGUGCCACACCCUCUACCUUGUGUCCUCGCCUGUACUCACUAUACACAUGUCGUGUUCGGCGCGCGCCUGGCCUGCCGCCCCUGCGCCGACGCGCAGCGCCUGGUACGUGCCACACCCUCUACCUUGUGUCCUCGCCUGUACUCACUAUACACAUGUCGUGUUCGGCGCGCGCCUGGCCUGCCGCCCCUGCGCCGACGCGCAGCGCCUGGUACGUGCCACACCCUCUACCUUGUGUCCUCGCCUGUACUCACUAUACACAUGUCGUGUUCGGCGCGCGCCUGGCCUGCCGCCCCUGUGCCGACGCGCAGCGCCUGGUACGUGCCACACCCUCUACCUUGUGUCCUCGCCUGUACUCACUAUACGCAUGUCGUGUUCGGCGCGCGCCUGGCCUGCCGCCCCUGCGCCGACGCGCAGCGCCUGGUACGUGCCACACCCUCUACCUUGUGUCCUCGCCUGUACUCACUAUACACAUGUCGUGUUCGGCGCGCGCCUGGCCUGCCGCCCCUGCGCCGACGCGCAGCGCCUGGUACGUGCCACACCCUCUACCUUGUGUCCUCGCCUGUACUCACUAUACACAUGUCGUGUUCGGCGCGCGCCUGGCCUGCCGCCCCUGCGCCGACGCGCAGCGCCUGGUACGUGCCACACCCUCUACCUUGUGUCCUCGCCUGUACUCACUAUACUCAUGUCACGAAAACCUUUAUUACAGCUCGAGUCGUCGUUCUUCAACACGGAAGACAUCGACGAGCUGAUCGACAUGGCUAUGGACCCUCCCGCUUUGCCUGACUUCAGAUGA